GGCCAGCUCGAGCUGUGGUCCGGUAGCCUCGUCAACAACCAGUUUGUAUGGGCCGUCAUGAACACCUCGCCCUCGAACCAGACCGUCAAUGUAUCCCUGCUCGAUAUCUUCACCGAUCAGGGCGCGGCCUUCGGCUCCGGCACCUUCACCAUGUACGACCUCUGGCAGAAGGACGCAGACGGCGCGUGGGGCGCCAAAGUCGCCGACGUCUCCGGCAGCAUGUCCGUGGACGUCGUCACCCACGGCGUGCGCGUCUUCAAGGCCGUCCCUGUCUCGAGCUCGCGGAGGGCUGCAGGAGAGUUAUGA